AUGGCCACUACAACAACGAUGAAUCCCUACCGGGCACAUGAUUCAUCUGUUUCAGUGUAUCAAGUUCCCGAAUUUGUCGUCGGCGGUGAAAAAAUGUUAUUUCACGCAUUAUAUGGAAAUGAAGCUUAUGAAAAACUACCCCAUCAAGCACAAGAUUGGAAGAUCAUGCAAGUCAUCAACAACAAAAUUCGCGACGAUAUCGUGAAAAAAUACGCUCAGUACACAAAACGUGUUAAUGGGGAAAUGAUUAAAGUUAUGUACGAAUGGUUCGAACGUGGCGAUCGUCGAAGUCGUCAACAAUCCUCGUACGGUUCUCAAAGAGACAAACAUUUUCGUCUCGAAAUUAACAAAGAUACAUUUGAUCGAUACAAUGAUCGAUUACCACAUGUUCGUCGUUUAACAUUUGAACAAUUCUGUGAAUUGUUAGCUCCGAUAAUCACAGGUCAAUACAAUGAUUAUCAACUACGAAAAACGUUCGAAAAAUUGGAUUCGGAUAGCGAUGGUUACUUAAAUCAACAAGAAAUCGAAAAUCUUCUUCUUGUUGUCGGUCGAGCUGAGUCGAAUUACAAAGUUUAUGAUAUGAUUUCGCAAUUAUCAUCACGAGGAAAGCUGAAUUUUGAAGAAUUCAAGCGAUUUAUUAAUGAUGGCUUUGCGCGUGAACUGUUAAUGCCAUCCUAUGAUAAUGAAUAUGGAAGUCGUUAA